AGAGAGAGAGAGAGAGAGAUUGUCAGAGAAAGCGAGAUAGUCGUCUGUGGCGGUGUUGGAAAUCGGACGGCAUGAGCUCUACAUGAACCGUGUAAAAUGCUUUAAGACGCUUUCAGCGUUUGUCUCAUACCCGUCCGAACCGAGGACAACCCCGAAGCGGAGCUCCACUUCCCGACCAGGUGUAACACCGUCUUAAGCUUGAAGGGGGCAGAAUGCCGGAGCAGAGCAACGACUAUCGCGUGGUGGUGUUCGGGGCGGGGGGAGUGGGGAAGAGCUCCCUGGUGCUGCGCUUCGUGAAGGGCACCUUCCGGGACACCUACAUCCCCACGGUGGAGGACACCUAUCGCCAGGUGAUCAGCUGCGACAAGAGCGUGUGCACCCUCCAGAUCACCGACACCACGGGGAGCCACCAGUUCCCGGCCAUGCAACGCCUGUCCAUCUCCAAAGGCCACGCCUUCAUCCUUGUGUACUCCAUCACCAGCAAACAGUCCCUGGAGGAGCUCAAACCCAUUUACCAACAGGUCUUGGCCAUAAAGGGCAACGUUGAGGCCAUCCCCAUCAUGCUCGUGGGCAACAAGAGCGACGAGACCCUGCGGGAGGUGGAGACCAAGGACGGGGAAGCCCAGGCCAACCAGUGGAAGUGCGCCUUCAUGGAGACGUCGGCCAAGACCAACCACAACGUAACCGAGCUCUUCCAGGAGCUCCUCAACCUUGACAAGAAGAGGAACAUGAGCCUCAACAUCGACGGCAAGCGCUCGGGGAAGCAGUCCCGCGCCGAGAGACUGAAGGGCAAAUGCAGCGUGAUGUAAAUCCGGGAGAGGGGAGGUGGAGGUAGAGAAGGUUGGGGGCGAAACAGAGAAUAAGCAAGACAAGGGAUUGGAGGGACUCACUACAUGUCUCAGUCGGAGCAAAGCGUCUGCGAGGCAGCAAUGGUCCCAUCAUCCACAUCCUCCUCCGUUCGGCUGGUGCAUUCACAAAACACAAAUCAGCUGUUAUUUUUUUUAAAAAACAUACAGGGUCUUAGUUUCAAACCACACAUCCAUGUGCAUCAUGCAAGAGGUGAGGAGGGAGCGACACAGAAUAUUCACAUUAAAAUCAAGAGGUGCGCGUCGCAGAUGAAUCAACCUGUGAACAUCGGCCACCGAAGGAGGAAGCGCAGCUGUGGACUUUGGCGUCGUCCCAGAAACUUCUGGCCGAGGAGCUCAUGGAGAACCCCGGAAACCGGAACGAACACCACAGACUGAAGCCCCCCCCCCCCCCUUGAAAACUGAUCCACACGAAACAUGUCGUGUCCUCCCUCUUCUACAUCCGACCCCCUCCCUCCCUGCUCGGCUCCGUCCUCAUUCCAGCACCCUCAUCCUUCGCAUACACCCCCGUACUACAGGAAACAUAGAAAAGCGUGAUGUUUAUGUAACAGAGCCGACAAAGCCAGUACAGCUCACUCAUCUGAAAUAAGCACUACUGUGGGAGGCUGAGUUGUCCGCCAUGCUAGGAAGCGCAAAACCCACAGGUUUUGAGAUUGCUAAAUACUGAGACCCAGCUGCAUCACAGAGCCACUCCCGAGGACUGUCAUGCACAUAAACAUGGGAUACUCCAAUAUGUUCCAUCUAGUCUACACGAGUGGGUGAAGCAUUAAAGCAACGUCUUCUCGUUUUUCUCCCUUCAGAAAGAUUUUAAAGAAGACCACAAUUAGCCGUUAUCAAGCCGUCCUCAUGUCAAAAACUCAUCUGCUAAAUGUCCUCAUCUUAAGAGGAGAGACAUCCCAGCGGCAGGGUGUGGCACAUAAGUUACUGAUACGGCGCAACAAUCCUUUUAAGACUCUCAUCUAUUGUAGGAUAAAUCCGGGAAGAAAUAAGAUGGACUCUCAUGAAACCAUAGAAAUACACGUCUGCCUUGUCUACGAGGAGGAUUCACUCGGAUAAUCAUUGCCAGGCUGGUCAGACGGAGGGCAGGAUUUUUGCUUCUCAGUUCAAGAAUGUCCGUUCGCUCUAGCACUUUUCAUGUGAAGGUUUCUCUUCUUUUGCCUUUAUUUCUUGCCUGUUUGCUUUAUGAUGCUCUUUAGUUGUGUUAAGAGUUAAAAAAUAAGCCCUCCUUAAACUAAAAGAUUUGUGCAGAUGAUUCAGUUCUAGCUGAAUCCCCAAAUUCUGUUUCCUAUUUGGUUGGUUUGGUUACAUUACCUCCCAUAUGCUCAUGUAGGCAUCAGCAAGCUGGAAACAGAAUGAGUCACACACACAUUCACAGCCACAGCAUGUGCACAAAUGCAUUCAUGCAAGUGUAAAAAAAGUAAAAGGUCAAUUUGAGUCACACUGUUGACUGAUUACAUGAAGACAAACAGGGCAAAGUCAACAUCAAUGCCCUCACAUUGCACUUUAUACCAUAAACACAAACAAGUACACACCCAGACACACACAUACACACCUGUAAUCUGUCAUGCGUUUGCCUAUGUUGAGUUUCCACAUAUUACAGAAUAUUCUCCUGGGGCCUAAUGGCUUCACUGUAUGUCCAAAGUGCAUGAAUACAACUGUCCUCACGCAGGAGCUCUGAAUAUUGUACAGUCUACACGGGACAGCCAAAAGCACAAUACUUUUUUACCAACAUAUCUAUUUAUACAUUUCCUUGUGUUUCUCUUUUUUUUAUUUGAUCUUUUCCUAGUUUGUUCUCUUUGUGCAAUUUUCAUCUUCAACGUUUAUUCACUAGUCCUGAACAUAGGAGAAAUAAUCUCAUGCUUACCGGUAGCUUCUGCGUCUCGGCAUAGAUGCUUAGUGUUUAUUUGUCCGGUACGCGGCACAAUGAGGUUGUGGUUCUGCUGCACAACAGGGUACCGUGACGUAGCGGCGAGCUGUGGUUCAUAAGUGCGUGCAAACCUCCACAGAACUGUGGGUCGUAUGAAGAAGGAGGUGGACGAGCAGGGUUAUUAUUUGUCUUCUUUUUUCCGUCAACAAUUGUGCGUGGAGGAUAAUCUGCUCCUGUGCAGCGAAACCCAUGACACAGAUGAAAAAAAAAGAAGCACAGCAGCUGUUUGUCGCCUGUCCGUCUUUGUGUGCAGCAGAAUCAACAACUGGGCACUUUAGGGUGACAAUUUACAUGGAGACUUGCUUAUUAAUCAGCAAUGCCUCAUUUAGUAUCACCACACAAAAUGUCCCUCCUGCAUUAUUCACGCCCACAGUUAUUGUAAAUUAAGCAUAUGGUAGUAGAAUGAAAUGUCUAUAAGAGCUUCAAGUAAGAUGUUACCAAAGGAAAACUGUACCCGCUGUCGGCUUGGGAAUAAAUCCUUUGGAAGCAGGAAAGGUUGUUACAGUCAGAGGUUUCAAUGUUGCUACGUGCUGUAAUAUACAGCUUAAUAAUGAUACUCAUGAUAUAUUGUCUUUGACACAUCCGAUCUUCAAAUCUAGCAGAUAAUACUAGCAAAAUGUGAAUAUGUGACUAAAGGUUCCACCCUGUUUCCUUUUCUUCCCCCAUUUUGAAAGCUGAACGAAUCCGUCGGUAUCGAUGUGUUGUAUUCUGAGGUCCUCUAAAACUCAAGCAUUAGCAUCGUAAAGCGCGUCCUUUACGUGUCAGAUCCCAGGCACGCUCACUCGUACUCUCGCUUCCUUUUUUAUUCAACCAUCCAUCUGUUUUUUUUAAACAAGUUGUUAUUGAAAAGGUUUGUCUUGGUUUGUUUUUAGAUGCCAGAAGGAUGGAGUGAUACCUGCCAUGUACCAACCUGAUGUGUCCUUCUAGGGGAUAAAAAUCUAGAAACAAAAGAGCUGUAAGUUAUCUGUACAUCUAUCAGGCAGUGCUGACCCUAUCUGGUGUGUAGCUACCGGCAGCGCCGGUGCAAACGCUGCAUAAAUAUGAGCUUGACACGUCCGGUUGCUUCACACAAACGCCAGUCGGCCAGCGCAUGUUUGUGCAAUCUGUUGUUCUGCUGACGUCUACAGGAGGCUGUCGCUGUUCAUGUUCCUGCUCUGAAUGAGACACAGCAGAGAGGGAAAAACAAUGAGACAACGUGCAAGAGCAGCACGGACAACACGCUCGAGUGAGAGGCUGCAUUCAAAAGAAAUAGCGUAAAAAUGUGGAUUGCGUUAACUAUCUAGGCUUUGUAAUACUCAAGCGUGCUUGCAUGUGAGGAGGCGUGCACGGCAAAUGUGUGGCCUUCCAUCGACCUUCUUGGGCUGUGUGAAUUAAACGCUGGCAUGAAUCAGGACACGCACCUCUGUCCCCCGUGCUCCCUCGGCCUGUCUCAUCUCGUCUUUUUAAUGAUGCACACUCACUGCUGCUGUCUGUGAGUGUGACCAUAAUCGUACACACGCAUGUGCGGAAUCAGCUGCUUAUUUGCAUCCCUUCACCCUGGCCUCCGUGUGUGUGUGUGUGUGUGUGUGUGCGUGCGAAUGUUUUGCGUGCUGCCUUCUGUCAGAUGUUGGUUGCUUUGCUGUGCAGAAGGCCUACACAUUUCUGCAUGAGUCGUCCCGCAUUGCUUUAACACUCCGGCAAAAAUAAACACAUACUUACACAGGCAUAUAAACGGUCAUGGAGGCUAAAUAGACUGCAUGCUCUCAGCUGCACACGCGCAUACUUCUACACGCAUAUUACAUUCCAUACAUUCACACAGGCCAUGUCAGUGAAGACAGGUUCUCUCACUGUCACUUUUUCCGCUAUGCGUUGUUGUACAGGCACCACUGUCACCACUUCUCCUCCAUAAAUCAGCUGUCCGCCCCCUGAAAUCAUGAGUUUCCUUCCUUUUGUUUUUGGUUGUUGUGUAGGUCGGUUGCACUAAAACAGACGGAAGGCCGACCCUGCUCCAAUUUUGAUUGUAGAUAGUUGUAAAUAGUGUUCAAAGAGCGUAAUAUUUCAGAGAUGAGAAAGCAGAGUGUGCAGAGGAAUGGAUGCUUCGGUCAGAAUAUGCGUUUCCGUCAAAGUGCCCAAUUCAAACUAACACAAAUCUUAAGAGUUUCCUUCAGAGGAGAGCUACACUUUAACUACAAGUUAUGUCCAAUUCACCAGCUGUCAUGAAGUUGUUUUUUGUAGUGUCCUAUGACUUUCUUUGCAAAUAGGACAGCUAAUUUGCAGAGGCGGUAAGAUACGGGAACCCAAAGUGAACAAUAUUGGAUUUAUUAAGAAAUUAAAUUUUGAAAUACAUGAAACUCUGAAAUAUUGCAAAGAAUGUUUAGAAUUCAGCUCAUUAUUAUAACUGUCAUAACCUCCUGUUUCUUCGGCCUUUUAUAUUUUCAGCAUUUUUACUACCAAAUGUCAAGAUCACUUUUUUUCCCCAAAAUCUUCAAUCAAGACCAACAGGGAGCCACCAGUUAUGUGAUUGUCUGUCUGCUCAUUCAGACCAAAGCAGCAGCCAAUCACAUAGCUGGAAUGAAAUCAAACCGCCCUGCAGUUCAAUGACGCUAUAAUGAAAAGAAACAGGUUAACAAAAUAAUAUUCAACAAUAAUAUCAUGUUAUUAUUCAUUUUAAUCUUUUAAAUAUUGAACACUUUGGGUCUCCAUGGGACUUCACAUCGGCAGCUUUUGUCCCAAAUUUUGAUUGACGUCAGUUGAAGUUCACCUCACCUUGUCUGAGGUAACCUGGUACCUACAGGUCAUGUUGCUUAAGAGCCGCCUGGUGCAGAGCAGAGAGGAUGUGGUUCACGUGCGUUCCUCCAUAGCAGGAUGGGAACAUGACACUUUGACACCUAAACAAAGGACAGUCCGUGAAAUCUAAACAGGCCAGUGGUUUAUCGACUUAUCUUACAUAUGCCAUCAACUCAUCUGUACCAACGAGGGCAGUUUACAGCGCUGUUGAGGGAGAAGACCUGAUGAACUCACCGUUGGGGUUCGAGGGGCAAACGGACCCUGUUAACCUCUCCGGCUCACCCCUUUACAUCUUGUCUGAUCCAAUCCUCGCAGGCUGUUUUGGAGAACAAGGGGCGUAACGUUGGGCAUUUAGACUCUGUGGGUAAUGUAGUUUGGUACUAUCCUGUCUCUCUGGCCCUUCAUUCCUGCAUGGUCCCUAUUGGUGUUCCAGCCAGCAUGAGAACAAGGACACAAACUGUGAAUCAUCUUUGUAUACUUUAAAAAAAAA